AUGGACGGGUACCUCGGAACGCCGCGAGACAUGCGGGCGCACCAGGCCGCGGCCAAAAUGGCGCCUCCCUCACCAGACGCCAGCAGCUCAGACAGCCCAGCAACAGGCCCAGCCAGAGAGGAGUCACUGACCCAAAUUGCAGCAGACCUGGCCACAAUAUCUGCAAACAUGAUGUCCAAGGCAGAUAAGACCGACCUGCUGGCUGAAAUUAGGGCAGUAAUCAGAGAGGAGGUCAUGGAGGUGAGGAGAGACCUGACAGCACUGGAACGCAGGGUGGAGGAACUAGAGGCAGAACGUGCCCAAAUAAUACAACACCGCCAAGCCACAGACACAGCCACUACUAGACAAGGCAAUGUCCUGCUGGAGUUAAGAAGGAAUCUGGAAGAUUUGAACAACCGCGGACGGAGGAACAACAUUCGCGUCAGGGGACUCCCUGAAACAGCAGGGGAAGCACUACCAGAGCUCCUGCUGGGUCUGUUCACACACAUACAGGGCCCCUGCAGACUUUGGAAUAGAACGUGCACACAGAGCCCUGCGCCCCGUGUCCGCUGA